UGCAUGGAAGAGACCAUUGUGGAAAAGAGCAUUAACGAGGAAGAAAUGGAAAAGAUCGUUAAAGACAAAGAAAAUAUCAGUAAAAAGGAGGGCAAGGAAGGGACCAGUAAAGAGGAUUGCAUGGAAGGGACAUUUAAUGUAGAAGGCAUAGAAGAGACGGAAGGCGUGGUCAUUAAGACGGAAGACAUGAAGGAGACUAUUCAAGAGAGUCAGAGAAUAACACAGUAUGACCACGUGGAUGGAGAAAAUGACGAGGAGGAAAAUGAAAACCCUUACAUUAGACUGAUGACAAGUCCUUUAAUUCUGGAAGGACUUUUAUUAAAGAAUCAAGAAGACAACACCCAAAAAAGCAGCAAAGAAAGUAAAAUGCCGAGAGACGAGGUUGGAACAUUGAGCAAUUUUCUGUCAGCCGAUAAGAAGCAGAACAGUUCCAAUCUUUUAAAACGGUGGUCUUGGCUUAACCCAUUUACUCCUAAGAAUAAGAAAGGAAAGGAACAGAAGAACCAGGAGAAAAAGACAAAGAAAGAGAGACGAGCCAUGUUGUUAUUUUUCCGAUUGUUUGGGAGAUAACAAGGAAAUCUCUAAUGCAAUUUCCACAAAACGAAC